UAUCUAUAUUCACCGUGUCCUUCUUCUUUCACUGCAGCAUUUAAUUUUGGCUUUGAUGCGGCGACGGCUCACGCUGAGCUGAAGGUUCAGGGUGACACGGUGACCUGGGAGCCGCAGGGGGUCAAAGGUCACGACCCCAGACUGAGAGGGAAAGAGAAUAAAAGCAGCAGCAGAAGCGCCACGCCCUCACCCAAUAAGACAGCAGGAAGUCGAGCAGGACGCGACCGAUUCGCUGGAGAGUCAUACACAGUGCUGGGUGACCAGGAGAUGAGUGGCGGCUGUCACUAUUGGGAGCUCCGCCCCCUGGCUGACUGGAAGUCAUUCAGUGUGGGUGUGGCCUACCGGGCAAGCCUUGGCCGCUUUGACCAAUUAGGGAAGAGCACUGGUUCGUGGUGUCUCCACGCCAGCCAAUGGCUGCAGAGCUCGCUCGCUGCGAAGCACAACAACCGAGCGAAGGUGCUGGAUUGGCCCCUGCCUCAGCGAAUCGGAAUCUACUGCAACUACGACAAUGGUGAUUUAACCUUCAUCGACGUCGACAGACUUCGACUUCUUCACUCCUUCAGAACAAAGUUCAGCCAUCCGCUCGUCCCCGCCUUCACUGUCUGGUGUGGUGGUAUUGCCGUAACGACUGGGCUACAGGUGCCGAGUUUCAUGGGUAAUUUCCUCUCCACCAAUCAGAGCCUCAGCAACCUGUCGCAGUAGAGCAACCUCCUCCAAUUAUCAUUUUUAUUUUAUUAUGUUAUCAUUAUCAUUAAUUUAUUAAUUUAAUUUAAUAUAAUUAAUAUCAUAUCAGAAAUUAUUUGUGUAUUGUUGUUGUCAUCAAAUAUUAAUUGAAAGGAUAUUAUAUUCAUUAUUCUUGCCUGCUCUUAUUUUAAAAGUCUUCACCUGAAGCCAUAGUUUUGUUUGAUUUUGAAGAAGAACAAAUAUGAUCUAUUAGCACUGGCUUUUAUUGACUGAUUUCUUAUAACAGGUAAACAAAUUGUUUCUUUUAUUUUGAAGCUACAGGAAAGAAGAUCUAUGUUUAAGUAUGUGUGAAAGCUUUUAUUAUGAAAGACAUCAUUACAUAUAGGAAUGUGCACUUCUAAGUUUAUUUUGAACAUUAGAAUGGAACUUCCUGUCAUUUUGACCAAAUUACAGUACUUUAAUUGUUAAGAUGAAUAUCUUUUUGUUUUCUCAGUUGAUGUUGAGAAUCAGGAUACUAUUUAUUUUCAGUUUUUAUUAAAUGUUCAUAUCUGACCUGGAAUCUGAGGUCCUUUAUACUGAAAAUAUAAUAUUUGUAUUAUAUUGUCUGUAAAUGUCACAUCUGUGAAAACAGUAAGUUAAAAUUUAAGACUGUGAAAAUAAACAUUAAACACUU